UCCCCUUCAAACGCAAAUAAACCCUCUCACUCCACAAAACCACAACUUCUUCACACGCACCUCUUUCAUUUUCUCUUUCUCUCCCUCUCAACCCGUACACUUUUUCGCACUAAAUUCCUCUCUCUACUCACACACAACUCCCAUAUCCUUAGCUAGCUUAUAGCCCCCUCUUCUUUUUUAAUUCUGGAAAAGACAAAAAUGGAAGCACCUGAAUAUCAGAGCGGGUUUUGCACACAAUUCGUGACCGAAAAGCGCCUCUCAAUCGACAAUAAAGCAGCCGGCGGAGGUGGAGGAGGAGACCAUUUCAUGGUGGAGGACCUCCUCGACUUUUCCAAUGACGACGAUGCAGUCAUUGCUGACACUCCUUUUGAAGUCGCCACCACCACCACCGCCGGAAACUCCACGGAUUCUUCCACUGUCACCAUUGUCGACAGCUGCAAUUCCUCCUCGUUUUCGGGCUGUGACCCCAAUUUUGUGUCCGACAUUGGCUGCCGGAAUUUCCCUGACGCCAACUUUGCCAGCGACCUUUGUGUGCCGUACGACGAUUUAGCUGAGCUGGAAUGGCUAUCGAAUUUCGUGGAGGAAUCGUUCUCAAGCGAGGACUUGCAGAAACUGCAAAUGAUAUCCGGCAUGAAAGCCCGAACCGUGGACGAAACGUCCGAAACGACUCCACAACACGAGCCGUCGAACCGAAACAGCAACAGUCCGAUAUUUCGCCCCGAAAUGUCGGUCCCAGCCAAAGCCCGAAGCAAGCGGUCACGUGCGGCACCAUGCAACUGGACGUCACGCCUUCUCGUUCUCUCUCAACAAUCCCCGUCGUCAUCACCGCCGCAGUCGCCGUCACUCACUCCGCCGUACUCGGACCUCGACCGAGACUUCGCCGUCGCGAAGAAAACGGUGAAGGUGGCGGCGUAUUCGAAGAAGAAAGACGGAGUCGAUAGCGGCGGAGACGGGCGGAAGUGCCUGCAUUGCGCGACGGACAAGACGCCGCAGUGGCGGACGGGGCCCAUGGGCCCAAAAACGUUGUGUAACGCUUGCGGAGUGAGGUACAAGUCGGGUCGGCUCGUACCCGAAUACAGACCCGCUGCGAGCCCAACGUUUAUGCUGACUAAGCAUUCGAAUUCGCACCGUAAGGUCCUCGAGCUGAGGCGCCAGAAAGAGAUGAUGAGGACCCAUCAUCAUCAUCAUCAUCAACAGCAUCAGCAUCAUCAGCAGCAACAGUUUCUUCAUCAUCAUCAUCAGAAUAUGGUGUUCGAUGUAACCAACGGUGGUGAUGAUUACUUGAUUCACAACCACGUGGGCCCUGAUUUCAGGCAGCUGAUCUAGUGGUGUCUUUCAUUUGGAGAGAGGAGCUCAGGUUAAUUUAGUUGGACAAUUUCAUUAGGCAAUUUCGUAAGUUUCGUAAUUUUUAUUUUCUAGGGGGGGUAAUUUUUUUUUUUUUACCUAGCUUAAUUUUUGAAUUUCGUAGACUGUUUUGAUGUUUUUUUCUUUUACGAAUCUUUGCCUAACUUGGCAAAUUCUGAAACCCAAUUUUUCCGUA